UGAAUCUUUCUCCUUCCACACUUGAUUUCUAUCCUCAUAGUUGAAUACGCAAUGCUCAUGUGGGAAGGUUCCAAACUUUACCCACCUGUUGCAAUUGCAGAGUUGGAGCAUAAAUUCCUAAUCAGCAUAGAUGACGAGCAUGGCACAUUUGAAAUGCAUGAUCAAAUACGAGACAUGGGAAGAAAUAUUGUCCAACAGCAGACGCCAGUAGCAAGCAGGUUUUGGGAAAAUAACAAAACAUUACAAAUGCUACAACGAAGAAAGGGAACAAAGAAGGUUGAAGCCAUUAUUUUCCACCGUCACGACGGGCAGCAUAAUAUUCCACCUUUGAACACGAUGUCUUUUAGAAACAUGGAUGAGCUGAGAAUACUUGAUACAAGCUGCAUCAGGAUGGAGGGCUCGUAUCAAUAUCUAUCCAAAUUGUUGAAGUUCCUGAGGUGGUGGCAGUGUCCAUUGAAAUCAUUGCCGAUCAUCGACUUCGAUGUCAUGAACAUUGUAGUGCUCGACCUGACAGAGAGCAUCAUAGAGGAGUUUCUAGGUCCAAGUGUGACUAACACGUGGUUUUUUUGUCUCCUUCACUCCCAAGAGGCGAACUACUCGCAGACGUUCAGCCAAUUGAAAGUCCUUAUUCUCAAGAAUUGCAAGAACCUCAAGAGCACCCUCGAUUUAGGCUGAUUCCAAACACAACCAAAUUGGUAUUUGAAGGGUGCACCAAGUUCACGAAUCGAUCGGUGAUCUCCAAAGCUUGGUGUGCUUGAACUUGGGAGACUGUCAUUCUCUAAAGAAAAUACCUGAUAGCAUCUGUCGGCUAAGUUCUUUGGAGAAGCUCGUCCUGAGGGGGUGUUGGUCACUAGGGGAACUCCCAAAAGAGAUUGGUAGGUUGACAUCUUUAAAGGUGCUCCAAUUAGGCCGAGGGUAUAUGCAAAGACUUCCGGAGUCUGUUGGCCGGUUGACAAACCUGCAGGAGAUGGAAGUCAUCUUUUGCACGGACUUGAAGACCAUCCCAGACAUUUCAAAGUUGCAAGCCCUGCGACGUUUACGCCUGAGCGGAUGCUUCCUGCUGAUGGAUGUUCCUGGCCUUAGCAAACUGAGAUGCCUAGAGUCCCUGCUACUCGACGGCCUUAGCAAACUCGUUUUCAUAUACUUCUUGUCGG